AUGACGUUGGCUUACUGUCGUUGUUGUCUGUCGUUGACGCUGAUGAUGAUAGUGUUAGUGGCCCGAGCCGACGAGACGUACCUCGAAGAGCUCGAGGCGCGAGUUUCCAGCCUGGAGCGGCGACUGCGGGCCAUCGAGCUGCCCGUCUGGCAGAUCAGCCAGGCCGAGUCCAAGUGGGAUCUGUGCGCGAGGGGCCCCUGCAAGUGUCGCAUCGAGACGAGCUCGCUGUCGUGCUGGAAGCUCGGCCUCACGGAUCUGCCGGCCGCUCAGAUCGUGCCCGACAGCGUGCUCAGACUAGACGUCAGUGGCAAUCAAUUGGCUGCUAUUCACAAAGAAAGUUUCGAUGGACUGUACCGAUUGAACUACCUAGACGCCAAUGAUAACGUCAUAGAAUAUCUGCCAGUGAGCUUAUUUUAUUCUUUAUACAAUGUCACCCACAUACGGUUAAGUAAAAAUUUACUCAGAGAACUGGACCAAAGUCAUUUGAUACGCAUGAAAAAUCUUGAAAUAUUAGAUUUAUCGUCCAACAAAUUGCGAACACUGCCGGAAGGUCUAUUCUCCUCGAGCAGUUCAUUAGUCUUACUGGACCUGUCUAGCAACCGUUUGGGAAUUCUCCCUUCCAAAAUCUUCCAUGGUUUAUGCAUCCUCGAGGAGCUGUUGCUCGGCCGCAAUCAGCUGAACGAUUUACCGGCCGACUGUUUUUCUGGACUGAAAAAAUUACACCGUCUGACUCUGGACGAGAACCGACUGGACGAUCUCGACCGAGAGCUCUUCUCCUCGUUGGAAUCAUUGACCGAGUUGAAUUUGCGCGACAACAGGCUACAGAGCUUGCAAAACGGUGUUUUCGAAUCGUUGAAUAAACUCAAGACACUCGACCUGUCGAAAAAUAAAAUUACAUACAUAAACGCAGGUGCAUUUCGAGGCUUGAGCUCGCUGAUUCAACUGGAUCUCGGCAAUAACCGUCUUCGCCGCUUGACUCGCGGCUUGUUCGAGCCUCUGACGAGUCUCGAACGCCUCGUCAUCCACGACAAUCUAUUGCAGCUACUCGACGCCGGCGAGCUGCGAGGCCUCGACAAUCUUACGGCUCUAUUUUUACACUCGAACCAUCUAAGGUAUCUGCAUCCAGCCUCGCUCAAGGACGUCCCGAAGCUCCGCAAAUUACAAUUGGAGGGAAACCGACUGAGCCACUUGCCCAAGGGCCUGUUCGACGAGAACUCGGAUCUGCUUCAGCUGCGCCUGGGACGAAAUCCCUGGCACUGCGAUUGCGCCUCGAGUUACUUGGCGCUUUGGCUGCGAAGACGUUACCGUUUGAGGCUCAUCGAGGCCGAGAGUCGGGCCGGCAACGGUACAACCCCUGCCUUCGGCGGCGCCAAUCACUUGGACUUCACGGCCGGCCUCGUCUGUCGGGGUCCGGGCACCCUCGGCGGGCAGCUGCUCGUGAGGCUGAGCUAUCGUCUGCUCUGCGACGGCGAGUGGGCCUCCAUGAAGGGCUUCGCACCGAGAAUACCCGUGGAGUUCGCCGACGAAACGAUGUUGGACGAGCACGAGCAAGUCUGAAACGAAUUUCCACUCGAAAAACAAGGACAAGCAGAGAGAAUCCGAGCCUGCAGCAGUCAAUGCGUCGUAAAGAUAAAAAUCGAUCCUCGUCUGC